UCCCAGUCCAAAUUGUGGACCAUUGCGAUGAAAGAGUGAUCUACCCUCCGGUGGAGCACCCCAUGUCCAAGAUGUCCCAGUCCUCCACCAGCGAUGAGGGUACCACCUUUGAGCACCUGUGGAGCAGCCUGGAGCCAGACAGCACGUAUUUCGAACUUCCUCAGACGAGCCAUCCAGGUGACAGGGGGCCGUCCAGCAGCCUGCCCAACAGCCGGGCCGAAGUGUGCAUGGAUGUCUACCAGAUGAGGGACCUCAACGACAACGUCAUGUCUCAGUAUAGCCUGCUGAGCAGCAGUAUGGAGCAGGGUCUGGGGAACCGCGCCGCCUCCGCCAGCCCCUACAGCUCCGAGACCGCGUCCAACGUACCCACGCCAUCCCCCUACUCCCAGCCCAACUCCACCUUCGAGGCCAUGUCGCCAGCGCCGGCCAUCCCCUCCAACACCGACUACCCGGGGCCGCACGGCUUCGAGGUGACCUUCCAGCAGUCCAGCACCGCCAAGUCUGCCACCUGGACGUACUCCCCCCUACUGAAGAAACUGUACUGUCAGAUCGCUAAGACCUGCCCCAUUCAGAUCAAGCUGGCUUCAGCCCCUCCGCACGGCACUGCGGUACGCGCCAUGCCCAUCUUCAAGAAGGCGGAGCACGUGACUGAGGUGGUCAAACGGUGCCCCAACCACGAACUCGGGCGCGACUUCAACGAGAGUCAGUCGGCCCCGGCCAGCCAUUUGAUAAGAGUUGAGGGGAACAACUUGUGUCAAUACGUGGACGAUCCUGUAACGGGCAGGCAGAGUGUCCUCGUACCAUAUGAGACCCCGCAGGUGGGGACAGAGUUCACAACAAUUUUGUAUAAUUUUAUGUGCAACAGUAGCUGUGUGGGUGGAAUGAACCGCAGACCGAUCCUCAUCAUCAUCACCCUGGAGACCAGAGACGGUCAGGUGUUGGGUCGGCGCUCUUUCGAGGGCCGGAUAUGUGCGUGUCCGGGCCGGGACCGCAAGGCAGAUGAGGACCACUUCCGGGAGCAGCAAGCACUGAACGAGAGUGUGGCCAAGAAUGGCACCGCCAAUAAACGCAACUUCCGACAGAGCCCGCCCAACAUUCCAGGCCCGUCCAUCAACGUGAAGAAGAGGAGGCACGGAGACGAGGAGAUGUUCUACAUCCCGGUGCGAGGGAGGGAGAACUUCGACCUCCUGAUGAAGAUCAAGGACAGUUUAGAACUGGUGGAGCUGGUGCCCCAGCAGCUAGUGGACUCAUACAGACAACAACAACAACUAAUGCACAGACAGGGCCAUGUGACUUCGCCUUCUUCCUAUGGACCAGCCCUGGGCAACAUGAGCAAGGCCCACAGCAACAUCAGCAAGCUUCCGUCAGUCAACCAGAUAGUGGCGCACCAGAGCCAGCAGAACGCCGGGCCCUCAGCCAGCAUGGCACACAUGGGUGCAAACAUGCUAGGCAGCCACCACAUGCAGUCCAAUGGGGACGUGAAUGGAGCGCACCCGGUCCAGUCUAUGGUGUCGGCGUCACACUGCACCCCUCCUCCACCCUACAACCCAGACCCCAACCUCGUCAGCUUCUUAACCAGCGUGGGCUGCCAAAACUGCAUCGACUACUUCACGUCACAGGGCCUCCAGAGUGUCUACCACCUGCAGUCUCUUUCCAUGGAGGACCUCGGAGCGCUUAAGAUCCCUGAGCAAUUCCGUGUGGCCAUCUGGAGGGGGCUUCAGGAUAUGAAGCAGGGUCACCAUGACUACGGCCAGCAGCUCAUCCGCUCCAGCAGCAACUUGGCCACCAUGGCCAUCGGGCCAGGUGGUGAGCUGCAGCGCCAGCGUGUCAUGGAGGCCGUGCACUUUCGUGUACGUCACACCAUCACCAUCCCUAACCGCGGAGGGCCCGCCUCCGGGGAGGAGUGGCCGGACUUCGGCUUCGACAUGCCUGACUGCAAGGCACGCAAGCACUCGGUCAAGGAGGAGUUUGCCGAGAGCGACGUGCGCUGA